AUGUUGAAGUCAAUCUUCUUCCUGGCUUGUGUUGCCUCCACUUCGGCAUUCGUGCUUCCAUUCCAGGUUAGACCAGCUGUGACUAACAUUACUCAAGGAGGACAAACUUUGGAACAAACUGGUCUUUACUUUGUGGCCAACUUGACUGUUGGAACUCCAGGACAACUCUUCACUGUUGUUAUUGACACUAGAACUGCCGAUCUCAUUGUUCCAGAUGUUUCUUGCAAAACUGAACUGAACUGCUACAACAAAAGAAAGUUCAACCAAUCUCUUUCCUCUUCUUACUAUGCCUACGGACAACAAGUCAACUACAAGAGCAACCUUGGAUCGUUCAAGGGAUUCAUUGGAAAAGAUACCGCUGUCAUUGGAGACCGCAAAACUGACUUGAUCACUAUCCCAGCUUUGAAAUUCUUGCAAGUUACCGACCUCGGACUUGGAAUUGAAGGAUUAGCUGCUGAUGGAGUUUUGGGAAUGGCUUUCACCGGAGCAUCGCAAAUUGGAGGAAACUCUCCAUUUGUUCAAGGAGUUCGCAUGGGAGAUAUCUCCAACACAUUCUUCUCCAUCUGGCUUGAGCAUUUCAAUCAGACUGAUGACCUUGGAACCCAUGGAGUUAUCUACUACGGAGGAUUCGAUCCAGUUCACUGUGCUCCAAACCCAAGUUACGUCUCACUUUCCUCUGCCUACACUUACCAGGUCACAGUGUCCAAGUUCCAAGUUGCCGGAAAGGCCGCCACCAACUCCCAAAACAAGUACAUUCAGGCAACUCUUGACACCACCACCGGACAACUCGCCAUGCCAUCACAAUACAUUAGCCAGGUCCUCGACUCUAUUGGCAUCAACAUGAACACUGUGACUGUCUACCCACCAAUUGUCCCAUGUGACACUAAGGUCACUAUUACCUUUGGAUUCCUUUCUGGAACCACCAUUCAAAUCACUGAGAGAGAUCUUGUCACAAAUGCUUUUGGAUCUGCCUGCAGACUUCAAGUUGUGCCAAGUGCCAAUCCAGAAAUCAUUCUUGGUAUUCCAUUGUUCCGUGGACGUUGCACAUACUUCGACCCCAUCAUGGAAAGAAUUGAAUUCACUCCAGCUCUUCUUCAAGAUUAG